CACACCGACCCACGUGAAACCGAUGCCGGGCCCGGCAAGGCCGCGCAGCCGCACACCACCAGCCUGCCCGACCCCGGACCCGCCACGCAGCGCGGAACCGCACUUUCCCACACCAGACGCGGCACGUGAGAUCCAUAUGCUUUGGUAGUUUAAUUGGGUCAGUACACUGAGAAAUGAACGGUGCUUAAAUAGGGCCCAGGAAGAGAGAUUGCUGAUAAAGUCACCCAGCUCAUUGGAACGUGUAGUGCAAGGUAUUGCACACUGUUAUAAUGAAGGUAGCAGUGGAAGGUUGCUGUCAUGGUGAAUUGGACAAAAUCUAUGAGAGCAUUCAGUUUUUGGAGAAAAAGGACAAUGUUAAGGUGGACCUCUUGUUGUGCUGUGGAGAUUUUCAAGCAGUCAGGAAUGAAGCUGACAUGAAUUGCAUGGCUGUACCCCUUAAAUACAGGCAUAUGCAAACUUUCUACAAAUAUUAUUCGGGAGAAAAGAAAGCCUCUGUUCUCACCAUCUUCAUUGGAGGCAAUCAUGAAGCAUCAAAUCACCUACAGGAAUUGCCAUAUGGAGGAUGGGUGGCACCAAACAUUUACUAUCUAGGAUAUGCAGGUGUGGUGAAGUAUCGUGGUGUGCGUAUUGGAGGACUCUCUGGUAUUUUUAAAUCGCAUGACUACAGAAAAGGUCAUUUUGAAUAUCCACCAUACAAUCAGCAGACAGUGAGGAGUGCAUAUCAUGUCAGAAAUAUCGAAGUCUUCAAACUGAAACAGUUAAAACAACAUAUGGAUAUAUUCCUGUCGCAUGACUGGCCACGGGGUAUCUACCACUAUGGCAACAAAAAACAACUGCUUAAGAUGAAGGCUUUUUUCCGCCCAGAGGUGGAAGAUAACACCUUGGGGAGUCCUGCAGCUACAGAGCUUCUGCAGCACCUCAAACCUUCCUAUUGGUUUGCAGCACAUCUACAUGUGAAAUUUGCAGCUCUGAUGCAGCAUCCGAAAGGUGACGGUGAGCAGCUACCAAAAGCAACAAAAUUUUUGGCCCUGGAUAAAUGUCUCCCUCGCAGAGAUUUCCUACAGAUUGUGGAGAUAGAGCAUGACCCAAAUGCUUCUGACCAACUUGAAUAUGAUUCCGAAUGGCUGGCCAUUCUGAAAGCAACAAAUGAAUUAAUUAACGUCACACCGAAAAAUUGGAACAUGCCUGAGAAUAACAGCUUGUACAUAAAAUGGGAUUACAGUGUGUCUGAAGAAAACAUUGCCGAACUGUUGGAAGAACAGGGCCAUGAUCUCCAAAUUCCCAAUAAUUUUAGUCCUACAGUUCCCGUCUAUGACCCAGCAAAUCCACAGAAAUCAAGAGAAUCUGUCCAUUUGAUCAAUCCUCAAACAACUGAGUUCUGUGCCACCUUUGGCCUCAAUGAUCUGAAUGCCAAGGUGAAACAAAUGGAAGAUGAGGGGCUCAUUGAUGAAGAGGAUGAUAUAGAUGGUGCUGAGAAUCCCGAGGAGCCCAGUGAUUAUACCACUGAUACAUCUGGACUUUCCUCCUCCAUUAAUCCAGAUGAAAUAACACUGGAGGAUGAUGUUGAUGAUAAUGGGGAACUCAGCGCACAUUCCGUAGAACCUUCCCCAGACCAUCCAUUUACAGACUCAUCAACAAAUUUAUCUGAUGUGCGGGAUCUCCCCGAUUCUAUGAUCGUCUCAUCUGAUGAGACACAGGACUCCGCAAAUGAGGAACUGGACAGAUCAGGAGAUAGCAGCAUGACCGAGGGAGAAGGAAAGAGUACACUCACAAAGGCUGUGAAACGAAACAGUAAUGAGCAUGAGAAUGGGAGCAGUGGAAUAAAAUUAAUUAAGAGGCGCAACCAGAAUAUAUAUCGCACGCAGCUUGAUGAAAAUGAAGAUAAUGAAUAAAAAGACAAUGUGAGAUGUCGGACAGCAAGAGCAGUGCUUUUACCCACAAUGUUUUUAACUUGACAUGUACGAGUUAGAAUAUGAUCAGUAGAGGAUUUGUUUUAAAAGCUGAAGAUGCCUAGCACAAUGUAGGAAAACAAUUUAUUUUUAACAAUAAAAAUGCAUUUAAUGCAUAAAUUGGCCCCCUAUUAGUCGAUUGACACAAUGAAAGGCCGAACAGCUAAAUAAUCUGUGCAUUGACUUUUAUACUGUGGGAAUUAAGCUCAUCAAAGUUGCCAUAUAAUGCAACAUGUCAAAACGAUCAAGUACCUUUCAAACAAAGUUUUUGCCUGGAAUUAUUUUCCGUGUGUUGCCAACUAUUUUACAUUUUUUACCUGUUUAUUUUCUUCCAAAACAGGAGCAGUCCUGAAUUUUCAAAUCUUGUUUGAUCAAUAUAAAUAUUAGAGAUUGAAAUUAGAUUGGCUACUUUCAUAUACGAGUAAUCUUGACUUCUUUUGUUUAAAGUGUUGUUUAAGAGGAUUUUCGGAAACAAAAUCCCUCUGUUUUACUUUCAAUAGUCCACCUUGCGAUACAGUAAAUAGUAUGGUGCUGACUAUUUUCUCCCCCCAUCUCUAGCCAAGGGCAUCUGAAGAAAUUGGCACCACCAGUCCAAAAUUAACACCUUCAACUUGCUGUCUGACCUGGUACUCUAUCAAAGAUACUUAACAUGCAUUCUUCAUGAGUUAGCCUCCCCAUUUUUAAGGUCUUGCAAUAAGAUUGUAGAAAAAAUCAAUGCAUUUCUAAAAACAGAUAAUUGCAGUUUGUGAAUUUUCUCAUGGGAAAUCUCCCCGGUGUCAGUGAUUUACCUGACAUGCUUCUUACAUUGAUUACAAAAGCUAUCAUUCAAUUUGAGUUACUACAAACAUUAAUGUUUCUUUCUACCUAAUUAUUUAGUAAUUUACUGCCUUCAGUGACAUUGCAUUUGAUCUGUCAUAUUUCAGUUCCUUCUAAUUUUAAAUCUUAACCAUCAGCUCAAAGUGGCACAUUGGCUGAGAGCCAGUGCCUUCCUGAUGGAUGAGGAAUAAGAUAAUAGAGAACUGAAAGGAGGAACAAUGUUAAUUAGAAGGUU